CAAUAUUUCUCAAAAUAGAAGUAAACUGAAGUGAUAUUUUAUAAAUUAAAUAAUGAAUAUACGUUUUAAGAAGUGAAACUGAUGACUUUUGCGUGACAAUAGCAAUCAAUAAAAACACAAUUUAAUUUUAACAAUCAUGUAACGACAAUACCUUCCAAUAAUUUAAUCAUGGCCUUUUACUGCGAAUAAUAUUAAUCUAUAGCAGUUUCAUUUAUAAGUGUUUGGUGAUGGUGUUUGAAAUGAUUCCGUAGUGUUACUUAGCAACAUGGCAAGGGAUGGAGACUUGCCGACUAUUUUUAAUCCUAAGCGAGUUCGUGCUCCUUCUGUGAUAAUAACAAGUGACGAAGUGGAGACUGAACGAGGGGGUGAAGGUGAACGUGAUCUUCCAAAUGGACCCCCAACGCCACUGAGCCCGCGGGCGCCUCUAACGCCGCAAACAUCCGUGUCGUCGGCAGUGUCUGCACCACCACUGACGACGCAGCCGUCCCUUCAGCAAGCCUUUAGUGAGUCUGCGGCUAGCAGUCAAGAUGAAGAGCGACAGCUCCGCGAGAAGAAAUGCCCAAGAUCUUGCUGCUCAAAGUUUGCUAAAAAGAUCUACUAUGGAAUCUGUGUCACACUGGUCCUUACUGCCUCCUGGGUGACAUCUACCCACUGCAUCAAGCACAUGUAUCUGGAAACUUACCCACCUAUAAUCUAUGCCACUAGCACGGAGACAACUUCUCAGACCUUCAACUAUACUGCUAAGCCCCAAAAUCAAAACAAUAACCUAUACAAUGCCCCAUUCUUCACUGCCUGGUUUAGUACCAACUGGCUCAUAUUGUUCUAUCCCAUCUACAUGAUAGUGAUGCUCAUUCACAACAAGUGCAAAUCUGCCAAUGACAUAGUGUAUGAUGCCUUCAGAGACUUCAGAGAGAAGGGAUUCACUUUUGCUCGCUUCAUCAGCCGCUGCGGAUUGUUCUGCCUGCUGUGGGUGGUGACCAUCUACAUGUACACUUACUCCUUAAAGAUCCUGCUGUGCACAGAUGUGGUGGCUCUGUUUGCCACCAAUGUCUCGUGCAUCUAUCUGUUGUCCUGGGUCAUAUUACAUGAACAGUUUGUUGGUGUUAGGAUCGUGGCGGCUAUUCUGUGCGACACCGGAAUAGCUUUGCUCGCGUACAUGGACGGCAUAACAGGCAGCUCUACACUCGGUGGGGUUGUACUAGCCGCCUGCGCCGCGGCAGGCUUUGCUAUAUUUAAGGUUCUGUUCCGUAAAGUAAUGGGGGAGGUGAACACCGGCCAGCGCGCGCUGUUCUUCUCCAUCCUGGGCAUCGUGAGCGCCUCGCUCUUGUGGCCGGUGUGCCUCGCGCUCUACCUCACCGGCUCGGAGAUGCUGCCGUCCCCCUCGCACCAAAUGCCCUGGCUUCACCUCUUCGGGGCCAGUCUUGCGCUGUUGGUUUUCCACCUAGUGUUCCAGUUCGGCAAUAUCGUGACGUACAACAUUUUCGUCUCACUAGCUCUCAUCACUGCUGUACCAGUCUCAGCCGGAUUGGACGUGGCGUUCUACGAAGUGCAGUUCGAGGGCAUGAAGCUGGCCGGCAUCGUGCUGAUCGGCGUGGGCUUCUCGCUCGUCAUGUUCCCCGACAACUGGCCCAACUACAUCAUGCGCCUGCUCAGAUGGAGCCGCCGGCAGCGCGGCAACAACGGCUCCGGGCGCAGCCGCGACGCCAUGGACUUCCGCACCGGCUACAUACGCUCGCACCUGCGCUCGCCCUCCGGCCGCGUGCGGUGACCGCCCAUAGACAUACACCGCCCCGACAACGACUGUACGGUACGCUCUACUGCGGCUCUAUAACGGUCUACUUACAGUCUUACAACGCUCUCAUCUAACUUUCCUCUUACUGUCGACGAUUUGCUGUUUGGUUACGUAGGAUUGGUUAUAAAGACGCAUUUUCGUACGAACAUAGGCCAACAGAGGGCCCUAUAAAAUUCUUUAAAAAAGAUAUAGCAGGGCCGUACGCCGCUGCGGGUGCCUUAAUUAUUGUCAAAAGGUAUAAUCGGCUAGAAUUCCGUAAAAAAAGGAUACAAAUCUCAAGGAAAUAUUGAGUUAUGUGGUGAUGGUAUAGUUUUUAAUGAAUAAUAUGAAUGCAGAAUUGAAUGUUUCGAAUAUUAAAAUCAAGUCCAACGUCAGCUGAACUUAAAAUGAUCAAUUUUUAUAUAUUUGUAAAGUUGCAACUCUUGAUCUGCUCACUUGACCUCCAAAUUAACUGGCCAAAAUUUACAAAUAAUUUCGAUAUACUCGUUAUAUACCGAUUCUACAUUUAUAAUUCCAAAAAUAAUACGUUUUGUAAUAUGCCUCAAGGUUUAAAUAUUAAAAUUCAUUGAACUCAAUCUUCUUCAAAUCUCACAUUGUCGCUAUUAUAUUAAUAAUAUCUAGUGCUUGUAUAAUUUUAUACUUCUUCGAAUACCGUCCGUCCUCUCGAUUUGAAGAGCACUUGAAAAAUUAAUGUUUAUAACAAAAUAGUCCGCACUAGCAGCAACAAAUAUUGAGAACUCGGGAUGCCGUUAACUAAUUAACAUAAAUCUCAAUGUGGUUAAAAAUUUAAAAGCAACACAGAUACCCUUGGGAAAAUGUUCUAUUAACAGAUUAAAUGAUAAGACUAAGGGCCUGUUUCACAAUGUCCAAGUAAAGUCCUGAAUAAGCUACUUGCCACUUAUCUGACGAAUAAAGUCAUCUUUGGCGUUUCACAAUCUUCAAAUAAGCUUAACUGGUAGAUAAAUAUCUUUACAACUGAAUGUAAUUUCAUCUGGCAGUUAAUUUAUAUGUUAAUUAACUAUCAAAUACUUUACUUGGACAUUGUGAAAUAGGCCCUAAGUGUUCAAAUUAUAAUUUUAAACAAAAAUUAAGUGUAUAUUUAUGCUAGCAGUAGGCCUAGCACAGGGACAGCGCGACAGUAUCUCGCCCGCGAGAUAGACUACCUGUCCUUCUCUGAUUAAUACGGAGAAACAAAGACGGAUAGUCUAUACUGGGCGCUUUAGUGUUUUCAUAAUGAGGGACUGUGGGACCUAAUCUGUCAAAGAAACGUUUUCCCUUUAGCGCCAAAUGAAGAGAGAUUUUUGGCAGUUUUUAACACCAUUCUCGAGACUCUGAAGUAUGUAUAUCACUAAUGCACUUUAAAACUUCAAUUACUCAUCUAUUAUAAACCAUUUAUUUACACAAUACAAUAAAAAUAUGCACACUACAUAAAAUAUAUAUCUAUAAUAUAUAUUCUAUCUAUAAUACAUAAUCUUGAUGUUGUGAUCAUCAGUAGCGGAUAGUGUAGGGUUUGGAUCAUUUCAAUGUACGAGGAGGUAAUUCAAUCGUACAUUCAGACGUUCCGAAGGAUGGCUUCCGAAUUUGUCUUUAGAAAUUAUGAUAUCGAAUUUUAAAAUAAGAUCUAGUCGAAUCUAGUCAGGGUAUACAUAUAUUUGUUAUACACGAAUUGAUUUACUUUUGAAAUGUUAAUCUUAUCCAGAGUUUAUUUACUGUAGGUUUUAAUUUAAUUAUUUAUAUAUUUAGAUAUUUUUUCAACCGCUAUUGCCAUAAGCCAUUUUCGAGUCAUGGAAUUCCUCGUACCUGUGUUUAGUGUCAAUUUUUACCGACUUUGUCCAAACGAAACUGCGUGGCUUGUAAGCUUGUAACGGUUAACGCAUUUUAUCGCUUUUAAGUUUAACUUUGUAUGCACGUUAUGCAAGUCCUACUAAUACCGCUCCAAAUCGUAGAAAUAAAUAUAAGCAUCAAUUAACCUCCAAGUAAUGGUCAUGCAUGUUAAAUGUAUAUAUUUUAUUUGCGUUUAUACAUUACAAUAUAGGAAUAUGCCGUGCCCCGGACGCCAGGCGAUCGCGAUUAUUUAAGCGAAAUUGAACUUUACGGACUCUUGCGUAAGUCCCUAUUGUAUUGGCGAAACUGACGGCUGUGGCCGUCGUUGGCGUCCUCGGCAGCAAGACUCCAAUGACGAGCACAGCCGUUGGUGGCGGUGAAAAGGUUUAAAGGCGACAGAUUUCCAAUUCACAAUGAAAUGAGCCUCUUCUGAUAUGUACUACUAGCUUUUGCUCGCGACUUCGUCUGCGUUAUUAUUAUUGGAUUAUUGGAAUUAGUUC